AUGGGGCAGGAUGAGCAGUUGAGGACCCUGGUGAGGCAGUUUGGACAGCAAGACUGGAAGUUCCUGGCCAGCCACUUUCCUAAUCGCACUGACCAGCAAUGCCAGUACCGGUGGCUGAGGGUCUUGAAUCCAGAUCUUGUCAAGGGGCCGUGGACCAAAGAGGAAGACGAGAAGGUCAUCGAGCUGGUUAAGAAGUACGGCACGAAGCAGUGGACGCUGAUUGCCAAGCACCUGAAGGGCCGGUUGGGAAAGCAGUGUCGUGAGCGCUGGCACAACCACCUCAACCCCGAGGUGAAAAAGUCCUGCUGGACCGAGGAGGAGGACCGCAUCAUCUGUGAGGCCCACAAGGUGCUGGGCAACCGCUGGGCCGAGAUCGCCAAGAUGCUGCCGGGAAGGACAGACAAUGCUGUGAAGAAUCACUGGAAUUCCACCAUCAAAAGGAAAGUGGACACAGGAGGCUUCCUGAGCGAGUCCAAAGACUGCAAGCCCCCCGUGUACCUGCUGCUGGAGCUCGAGGACAAGGAGAGCCCCCAGAGUGGCCACCCCUCGGAAGGCCAGGGAAGUCUUGGGACCAGCUGGUCCCCAGCGCUCCCUGCCAUGAAGGAAGAGGACAGCAGUGAGGAGGAGACCUCAGCAGCAGCCCCGGCUGAGGAGCAGGAAGCUGCCCCUGCAGAGCUGGACCGAGUGUGCACACCAGAGCCCUUAGACGACACCCCCAAGCGUGAAGACCAGGAGGGCUCAUCGCCAGAAAUCAGCCUGCCGUAUAAGUGGGUGGUGGAGGCUGCCAACCUCCUGAUUCCGGCCGAGGGAUCCAGCUUCUCGGAAGCCCUGGACUUGAUUGAGUCGGACCCCGAUGGUUGGUGUGACCUGAGUAAGUUUGACCUCCCGGAAGAGCCGUCCCCAGAGGGCAGCAUCCACAGCAGCCCAGAGCAACCACAGGCAUCGCAGUGGCCAGCCCCUUCGCCUCGCCAGUCUAUUGCCCCGGGGCCCAGCGUGACCGAGUACCGCCUGGACGGCCACACCAUCUCAGACUUGAGCCGGGGCAGCCGGGGAGAGCUGAUCCCCAUUUCCCCCAGCACUGAAGUGGGGGGCUUGGGCAUUGGCACCCCGCCUUCCGUGCUCAAGCGGCAGAAGAAGAGGCGUGUCGCCCUGUCCCCUGUCACAGAGAACAGCGCCAAUCUGUCCUUCCUGGACUCCUGCAACAGCCUCACCCCCAAGAGCACCCCCGUCAAGACCUUGCCCUUCUCGCCCUCCCAGGUGUGUGGACCCCACCCCAACUGCUCGCUGGGUUUUGUUUACAGACUCCCAGUUCCCACAACCCUGUCACUAAGCCUCCUUCCUGGCCCUGGCAGGUUUGUAACCCCAGAUCAGAAGUACUCCAUGGACAACACUCCCCACACACCGACCCCGUUCAAGAACGCUCUGGAGAAGUACGGACCACUAAAGCCCCUGCCCCAGACCCCGCACCUGGAGGAGGACUUGAAGGAGGUGCUGCGCUCCGAGGCCGGCAUCGAGCUCACCAUCGAGGACCAAGUGAGGCCGGAGAAGCAGAAGAGGAAGGCUGGGCUGCGGCGGAGCCCCAUCAAGAAAGUCCGCAAGUCCCUGGCUCUUGACAUCGUGGACGAGGACGGGAAGCUGAUGAUGUCCUCGCUGCCCAAGACUCUGUCCUUGCCGACACAUGUGCCAUCAGGCUCCUCCAGCCUCAUCCUGCCAGGCAUCAGAGGAGACAACAGCCUGCUCAACCAGGGCUUCCUGCAGGCCAAGCCUGAGAAGCUGGCGGCGGCCCAGAAGCCCAGAAGCCACCUGCCAGCACCAGCACCUGCACCUGCCCCUGCUCCUGCCCCUGCUCCUAUGACCAGUGCCUGGAAGAUGGUGGCCUGCGGGGGGACCAGGGACCAGCUCUUCAUGCAGGAGAAAGCCCGGCAGCUCCUGGGCCGCUUGAAGCCCAGCCACACGUCUCGGACCCUCAUCUUGUCCUGAGGGGCUUGGCAGUCACGAGCCCACUCUCAUGUUUACAGGGGGCUGGGGGACAGGCUGGUCUGUGAAUUUGAGAACCACACUCAGGUGGCCACCUGCAGGGAGCCUUCUGCUGCCAGCCCCGCCCCAGAUCUCUCAGGUGGAGACGAAGGACCGCCACUGUCCUGUCUGCAUGCAGCUGUGCCUGCAGCAGUAUCUGGUGCUAACAGAACGAAGUCCUCUUCCCAGGGCCACAGGGGGCCCCACGCUCUGGUUAGGCCCGGCCUCAUCUCAGACCCCUGCUUAGGACCAGGCAUAGCCUGUGUGUUUCUUCUCACCCUGUUGGUGUGUGUUCUUGAAAGAAUAAAAUUGCCUUUUCCCUUGCAA